AUGGAACAGCGGAACCGGCUCGGCGCCCUCGGAUACCUGCCGCCGCUGCUGCUGCACGCCCUGCUGCUCUUCGUGGCCGACGCUACAUUUACCGAAGUCCCCAAAGAUGUGACAGUACGGGAGGGAGACGACAUCGAAAUGCCCUGCGCGUUCCGGGCUAGCGGAGCCACCUCGUAUUCGCUGGAGAUUCAGUGGUGGUACCUCAAGGAGCCGCCCCGGGAGCUGCUGCACGAGCUGGCGCUCAGCGUGCCUGGCGCCCGGAGCAAGGUAACAAAUAAGGAUGCAACUAAAAUCAGCACCGUGCGCGUCCAGGGCAAUGACAUCUCGCACAGGCUGCGGUUGUCGGCCGUGCGGCGGCAGGACGAAGGCGUGUACGAAUGCCGCGUGUCCGACUACAGCGACGACGACACGCAGGAGCACAAGGCCCAGGCGCUGCUGCGCGUGCUCUCGCGCUUCGCGCCGCCCAACAUGCAGGCCGCCGAGGCCGUGUCCCACAUUCAGAGCAGCGGUCCGCGUCGCCACGGCCCCGCCAGCGCUGCCAACUCCAACAACUUGGGUGCCACCGGCGCCGCAGGCCGAGCCACCUCCGACCCUGGCCACGGCGACAAAAGCCCGCCUCCGGGGGGUCCUCCUGCUGCCCCAGGUCCUGGAGUCCCAGAGGCGGCCGCUGCCUCCGCGGCCCACGCAGCCGCCACCACUGUCGCGGCUGCGGCCGCUGCUUCGUCAGCGUCACCGCCACCGGGCCAGGCGGUCCUUCUGCGCCAGAGGCACGGCUCAGGCACUGGCCGUAGCUCCGCCACAGACCCGCUCUUGUCCCUGCUCCUGCUGGCUCUGCAUAAGCUUCUUCGCCUGCUGGUGGGGCACUGA